UGCGUAAGAAAUUUUAAAUAGUAAGAGUUAGAAAGAUCAAUAAAUAAUCUGAAAAACUUAAAACUUAUAAAGUAAUGUAAGUAUAAAACUCGGGGUUCCAUUUUAAAAAAUAAAAAAAUAACUUAACAUAUGAAAUGUUUUUAUUUGGCUUGGUUUCAGUUUUUAAUCGGACCAUUUUAAAUAAAUGACAAUGAGAAAAUUUUGGUGAAAACAUGGCUAGUACAAAAAUUAAUUUUGGGUACCUCAUAGUGUCCACCAAACUACACUUUGCAUAGUCAUAUGUAUAUAUAUAGCUGUCAUGGACUCAUGGCAGCCCCGCAAGUAUAGGAAAAUAAGGCUGAAAUUGCAAUGGAAAGGACUAUCAACAGACAGAGAGUUCUUCUUCAGCACCUUCAGCCGCCUGUUCCUCUUCCUGAUCACUCCAAUGCAUCUUCUCUAUCUUCUUCGGUUUGUUUAGCAGGAAAUGAUGUUGCUUAUAACAGAACUCCUGCUUCUGGAGACGAUGUUGUCAUUGUGGCUGCAUAUCGAACUGCUAUAUGCAAAUCCAAACGCGGUGGAUUCAAAGAUACCCUUCCUGAUGACAUACUUGCUCCUGUUCUCAAGGCUGUUGUUGAAAGAACAAAUCUAAACCCUGCUGAAGUGGGAGAUAUAGUUGUUGGCACUGUCUUGGCUAAGGGCUCUCUAAGGGCUAUUGAAUGUAGAAUGGCUGCUUUUUAUGCUGGUUUUCCUGAGACUGUUCCGCUAAGAACUGUUAACAGGCAAUGUUCAUCUGGUCUUCAAGCGGUAGCGGAUGUAGCAGCUUCCAUAAAAGCCGGGUUUUAUGAUAUAGGUAUAGGGGCAGGAUUAGAGAGCAUGACAGUCGACAAUAUCAGACUCUUUGAAACUGUUAAUCCAAGAGUAAAGACUAUCCCACAAGCCAAUGAUUGUCUUCUACCAAUGGGCAUUACUUCUGAAAAUGUUGCACAACGUUAUGGAGUGAGUAGGCAAGAACAAGAUCAUGCUGCUGUGGUUUCUCAUCAACGAGCUGCUGCGGCAACUGCAGCAGGGAAGUUCAAAGACGAAAUUAUCCCUGUUUUUACAAAGAUUGUGGACCCUUCGUCUGGAAUAGAGAAGCCGGUGGUGAUAUCUGUUGACGAAGGCUUUCGUCCAAAUGCAAAUAUGGGGGACUUGGCCAAGUUAAAGCCUGUUUUUAAGAAGGAUGGAUCCACAACUGCAGGAAAUGCUAGUCAGGUUUGUGAUGGUGCAGGAGCAGUUCUUCUUAUGAAGAGAAGUGUUGCUCUUCAGAAGGGGCUCCCAAUUCUUGGUGUAUUCAGGAGCUUUGCUGCGGUAGGAGUGGAUCCUGCUGUCAUGGGGAUAGGCCCAGCUGUAGCAAUUCCAGCUGCUAUAAAAUCUGCUGGCCUGGAACCAAGUGAUAUUGGUUUGUAUGAAAUCAACGAGGCAUUUGCAUCUCAAUAUGUAUAUUGCCAAAAGAAGCUAAACCUGGAUCCUGAGAAGGUGAAUGUCAAUGGAGGUGCAAUUGCUCUUGGCCACCCUUUGGGAGCAACAGGUGCACGGUGUGUUGCUACAUUACUCCAUGAGAUGAAGCGUCGCGGAAGAGGUUGUCGAUUUGGUGUGAUAUCAAUGUGCAUAGGUUCAGGGAUGGGUGCUGCUGCAGUUUUUGAAAGAGGGGAUUAAGUUGAUGGUAUCUCCAAUGCUAGGGCGGUGAUCGCAAGAGGCAACUUGCUCUCCGAGGAGACUACUACUUAAUGCUGUUACGAGUUUCAUAAUAUAUAGUUCAGUUUUUGUGUCUGGUGGAUUUUGAAAUAAACAUGAGCGGACAUGUCUGCGCUCUACUACAGAUCAUUUAGACUAAAUGGAUAAUAGUUUCAGACUUUCAGUACCUUGGAGUUGGCUAGUUGUGAAUUGUGCAUGCUACUUUACCACUGCAGGUUUCUCUAUUUUGGUCCUCAUUAUUUACAGCCCGUAUCUUUGAAUCACAGAAUAUGUUAGGG